AUGGCAGUCGCCAGCUACGAACCUCAACUCAUCACGCGCAAUCCCUUCGCGCGGGAUCCAGCAGUGCGACUCCGCUGCAGGUCAAAACCCAAGGGCGUGCAACGGGCGAGACUCAAACAUCGCACCAUCAUCGAGCAGCAAGCAGCGGCCGAGGCAGAAGCCAGACAGAAAGCAAUCGUCGCGCAAAAGACCGAACCCGAUCUCUUGGACAGAUUUUUCGCCCUGCCUUCCGAAGUGCGCAACCACAUCUACCGUCUUCUCGUAGUGCAACCAUGCAAAUUCAGCUUCAACCACACUUUCCAAUGCAAGCGACUAUUUUAUGAAUACCCGGGUCCCGCCCAUACCGCUGGGGGCCCGGAGGGCAACAUGAACUUCGCCUGCGCCGACUGUCGCUCGUACGCUUGGAGCCCAACACGCCCUGUCUUUGUGUCGCCGGCGCGCAGCCAAUGGUCGCCUCCCAUGACGAACGAGUACAUGUGCGAUAACUGCUACUCGUCGAAUGUGCGGGCCAAACGAGAGCCGCAUCCCACGCUGCGAACUCUCAAGUGUCUCUGUGCGCGACGACAGAAUCUUCAUAUUUUCCUCAUCAACAGACGGUUUUAUAAAGAGGCGUCGCAUGUGUUCUGGACGGAAAAUUGGUUUGCAUUCGAGAACCCCACUGUCAUUAUCAACUUCCUAUCGUGCAUUCGGCCACAGACCCGGUCGUUGAUUACCAAGAUCUCGUUUAUGAUUGAUCCGGACGAGGUGGGUGUGAAUCUGGAUCGGAGAUACGUGCAGCAGUGCUGGCGGUUACUGCGGUUGUGUGAUGGGUUGAUGGAGCUGGAGCUGGAUCAGUUCUUUCUAUCGAAUCUGCAAUGGGUCCUGGGGAUAAAGAAUAUUACCCCGAAGAGGCGGAUGGCUUUUAUGAAGACGCCGGACAGGGCGGAGAUCACUUAUUUGAUGACAUAUGACCGUCGGAUUUGGCAGGGGGUGUCGAGACGACAGUCUGUGAGUAAUAUAUUGACGCAUGCACUGGUCCGGAGUAUGUUGAAGCAGAAGCCCAUGAAGGCGAAGGCAGCGCGAGCUCUUUUUGACAGGCAGCAGCGGGGAGAGAAUGGAGAUGUAAGCAAUGGAGAGAUGUUGCCCUAA